CUCUCCUUUCUCGUUCAUUCGUUCCUGCCCCGUCCUGCAGCAGAGGGGCUGCCACGUGCUGGUCCUGGGCUCAGACCCCCCCACCAGCCCCCAGCCCCACCUGCAGCGACGAGCUGGCCCCGGCUUGCCAGCCACGAGGCCCGUGUUUGUGCGUCCGGCGCGUCUCCCGUCCCCUCUCUGCUCCGUCCCCGUCUGCCGAGCCCCGGCCCGGGACGAGGGAGCCCAGACACCAUGGCGGUAUCGGGGGCCUGGCCCCAGCCGAAAAUCCGGCCUACGCUCCUGCUUCUCCUGGUAGCUGCAGCCUGUGCACAGAUGUCACUCGAAGAGAAGGAGACGGCCAGUGAGGAAAGCCGGCACAUCGGUACCAGUCCGGAAACUGCCUCGGCUUCUGCUCAAUUAGCCAGAAACAGCACCGAGCUCUCUGCCGAAUUAGCCAGAAACAGCACCGAGCCCUCUGCCGAAUUAGCCAGGCAUCCACCCACCGCGGCACAGCAGGAACCCACCGCCGCCCAGACGCCGGCAAUGAAGGAUUCGGUUGGCUCAGUGUCUCCGUCUGGCCUUCCCUCUACGGAGGCGACCGUGGCCCUGAGAUCCGGCCUGGCCGGGCCGACGGCAGCCGGUGGCGAACAGCCCGUCACGGAUGUGAAGCUGAAGGGGCAGGCGGGCACGGUGGCAGGGAGCCCGGGUCCGGGGCAGGAGACUCAGACCGUGCCAGGCAGGGGCGGGCAGAGCACGAGCGCCCCCAUGGAGCCCGCCAAGGGCACCGAUCGGAGCAGGCACAACCAGACCGCGCCAGCCAGCACCCAUCGGACCGGCCGCUACAGGGCCGCCCCAGACCAGACCUCUGGGCCCUGGGAGAAGCAGCCCACCCCCAAACUCUCGCCCCCUGCCCUCUCCCUCACCCCGCCUGCCAAGAAACAGGAGCCCGUCCCCAAGGACAUCACAACGCCGACCUCCAGCCCCGCCCUCGGCCCCCGCAAGCUGUCCGUGAUCAUCAUUGUGGUGCUGCUGGUUGUCGCCAUCGUGGUGCUGGCCCUGCUCAGCGUGGCGCUGCACUGUCGGCGCCGGCGCCGCUGCGGCUCCACCAGCUUCAGCGGGGGGCCGGGGCCCGGCGAGUGGGCGGGGCCGGUGAGCCUGCCGGAGGAGAAGGGCGAGGGGCAGGCCGGGGACGGGGGGCAGCAGGCCGGGCUGGGCGAAGGCAGGCCUCCCACGCUGACCACCUUCUUCGGGAAGCGCCACUCCCGGGUGUCCUCGGUGGCCAUGGAGGACGUGGCCGGGGCCAGAGCCGGCGACCGGCUGUCAGCUGACACCCUGGACAGAUCUCUCCCUGGCCGGCAUCACUCCCCCGUCCCUGCCUGA